UAUUUUUGCAGAAAAGAUUACAUGACCCAAACAGAGCUUUGGGUUAAUAGUUUUUUAUUGUUUAAUAGUUGAAAUGUUGUAUAAAUCACACAUCACUGUGUUUUACAUCUUUUUUUCCCUAUCAAAUGUUUGUGUCACAUUGGAGUACUCUGGAAAAGAUACUUCACAUUUUUGAAAAGGUGUAUUUUAUAAUGAAUAUACAGUUGUAUAUACACCUGUUGUGUACAGUAGUGACAUGAAAUGAUGGUUUAGUUUCUUUGGGAAAAAUAAUUAUCUCUAGAGCUGUAUUUUUUUUUUUUUUUGAGUGCUAUCGUUGGCUAACAUUUAUGUUAGUACUAGAAACCAAGUUUAUCUUGCUCUGGAUAAGAAUCUGCUGUGAGUCACUGCUCACAAAUUCCAUUUGUGUGGAGUACACUGCCAGCCAAAUGGAAAAAGCAAGCAGAAGCGUGAGAGGAUAAAAAGAACAAUGAAUCAAUGAGUGCAUGUGCGCGAACACGAGACAGAAACAGAAAAACAAAACAGCAUCCAGCUCAGUCACAGGCCAGGACCAGACUAUCCAGCCAAGGUCCUCUGAAAGCAUCAAAGAAUGAUGGGAAAAUACCAGUGUCUGCAAAGGGUAACUGCGUGUAUCUGCUGUGACUAGACUUUGUUUUUACUGCAAAUGCCCUUACAGCUCACAUGGCCCUUUGAUAGUUUAUUGGGACAUGAUUAUUGGAGCAAAACCAAUAAUCUAACGAUGUAGUGCUAUUCCUGCUUUAUGCUAUGCCUGUCUAAUAGUAUAAUAAGAAGUGAUUAACUGCAUAAAAAAGCAGUUAUGUCAUGCUAGAUAAAACUAAGCAAUAACGUUGCUACUCUUGCAGUAUACAAAUUUAAUAAACAAGUUUAAAAGUGACCAUCCAUUUUUUGGAUGGUCACAAUUGGUUUUAAGUUUUGGAUAUUAUCAUUAAAAGCCCCAAGAUUUACAGUAGAUUUAUAUUGUAUGAAGAAAAUUAUACUCUUAAAUUAUAGUAUACACAAAUCAUCUACUCGGGCAGUCAAUGAGUGGGAAGCUGGGUACCCACUGGAUGGAUCACCGGGCUCACAGUAGACACAAAAAAUAUCUAGGAAAAAUUAGUCCUGAAAAAGUGCUAAGCCUCUGUUCUUUUCAGUGUCAUAGGUUGUCGAACACAUGGAGCACUAUUCUAUUUUUUAAGUAAACAAACAAUGAUUUCAUUUGCUUUACUUUACUUCUUCGAGUGAAGAAUGGAAAAGACUGAAGCUAAACUGAAUUAUUCUACACUGCACAGACAUUCCACAUGUUUUCACAAACAAAAUGAAAGGUUUCAAAAAUCCCAAACUGUGUUUGAAAGAAUCUAUGUGUAGUGUAGAAUGGUUCAGUUCAAGCUAGAUGUUUCUAUCUUAAUGGCUAUUCAAAUUUAGUCCAACAUUUUUGUGAAAUAGCCCUUUACUGAUGUGCUAAAUCAGAUGGUCACUUCAACUCCUGUUUUCAUUGUUUUUUUUUUUACUAUUGCUCCUAUUACAUUCACAAACAGUCUCAUUUUCCAGGUGUCUGGGUUGGUUUUCUUUUAUGUUUUCAGCUUUUUCUUGUUGUUUUCUCAGGCUCUUGGUGUGUUGAGUGUAUUUCUGUGUUAAUUUACGCUAACCAUAAAAGCUCAUGUUUUUUACGUUUGGUUUCAUAAUUUAUUCCUGUGUUCCAUUCAUUGUAGAUUCAACUUAAUUUAUUUAAGUUAAUAUUUGUCUUCUUUGCCUUGAUCAAGUGUUUCCUUGUGUCUACAUUCAACUCCUUUGUGUUUGGGGUCCUCCUUGCAUAGACUCUGGCUGACCUGCUACAUAUUGUCAUCUGCUUGGCUCCCUGUGUCAUUCUCCACACCUCCCUCAGUACAUAGGCUUUCUGUUGGUCAUUGUUCCUCACUGGGUCCUUCUGUUACCAUGUCAGUGACUAUGCUUGUUACUUGUUACCCCUGUUUGUUUUUCUGGCUGUGCUUCAUGUCCUGUUCUCCUCGUGCCUGGUUGUAAGUUUUGUCCUUUAUUAUGAAAAAAAUCCUUCUAUUCAACAUGCGUCUGGAUCCUAGCUGCGCUUUGGUCCAGCAUCCAAACAACAAGCUCUGACAAAACAAUCUGGCCAGAAUUUGGACCAAGCAGACUGUCGAUCUCCUAACCCUGCUGAUCUUUGCCGGUGAAUCAAACAGCAGCUGGAGCAGGGUAAAGACUUAAAUGAUGAUGAUAUAAUGAUCCAUCCUUUUCCCCUGCUGCUGGAAGAGAUGGAGCGUAAUUUUGAGAGAUCUAAGAUGUUGACACCACCAGGUUUUGGUCCUAGAUGCUUUCAGAUGUCAUCCUAUUCUGUAGCCUAUUUCAUGGAUCAACCUUCAGCCCAGUGCUGAGGACACAGGCAAAGCCCCUCCUCCUUUCAACCACUGCUACAACCUCCUCCACCACCUGUCUCACCACCUCCUGUUUCCUCUUCAUCCUGCCUUUCCAGGUGGACCUGCCCUGUGUUCCUGUUAUGGAGUUCUCGGACAACUCCAGAUGUCCCGGUGGGCUUGCCUCUGUCUCACAUUCCUGUCCCUAUGCUCCAUCGAGGGAUCUUCCAACUACAACGACUUUGUUGCGCUUCGUUGAGGUUUUCCCUGGUGUCCUCUUUUGAGCUCCCUUGAUGGUUUGAAUGAGUCCAGCACCACUCUCCAAUGCUUUACGGAGGGUUUCAGAGCACUGGGUUCUCCCAGUCCCCUAGUUGACCUUGUGUACCGCUGCCACCGGCCUCCAGAUCCCUGUGGUAUCAGUAUCCAAAUCAUCUUCUACGACUCCAACAUAUCAAGCUCCAACCAUUACAACAUGGGAUCCUGAGGUUCCCUGGCCUGCCCACCGGAACUCAAUGCCUCUUUAAAUGACCUCCAGGUCGUCCUUCAAAUCUUUGUUCCUCCUGAGGAUGAUGUCCUGGUUACCCACCUCAAAUCUGUGCCUCCUCACAACAACUUCUGGGUCACCUCCUGAACUGUUUUGUGUUUCCUUCUUGCUCACAAGGGAAUGUUCUGGUUUUUUUUCUUUGACUCUUUGAGUGUAUCUGAUAUCUGCUGUUGGGUUGGGCAUGGUGGGGGGUAGGGGUGAUUUUGCUAUGUAUAAUGUAUGCUAUCUUAAGACUAGCAAUAUUAGCUCAUGCAGACACUUUCCCCCAUUUGUGUGGCUGUAAACGCUUUUAUCUGACAUCUGCCAGCCAAGAAAUGGGUGAAGAGAGAACAGGAAUAACAUGCGGCAAAAAUCUGCGGGUCAGGACUCGAACCCUUGACAACAACAUGACAUGGGUCAUGCUUUUCUGCCCCUGCACCACUGCCGCAGCCUAGGUAGCAGCCUUUAUUGGAACUUUUAAUUCACCCAUUAUUUCAUGGACAUAUCUGCCCCCGCCGCAGAAGAGAGAUACUAUCUGGGAACCAUGUGAAGACCACCCGAUAAGUCUCAUGUUAGGUUCACAGUCCGUCCGAGUCUGUUUUAGCUUUUGGCUUUUGUUCCUGGCCUUUUAACAAAAGCUCUGUCCAAUUUCAGACUUUGUCAAAGUUGUUUAUUACCAUAUCCUAAAGUCUGACAGCAAGAUCAAAAAAUAUCAGCAGGAAAAAUUUAUUUUUUAAUACAAGAUUUUGAAAUGUACCCCUUUUUAUCUUCUAUGUUCUCAGAAACUCUAAGAUGCUCCUGUGUGAUAAUGACAAAAGUGGUGGCAGUGGGGAUCAUGAUCUCAAACUAUUAGAAGUUUAGUUAUAGUAAAUAAAUGUGUUUUUUAAAGGAGCAUUAGGCGAUUUUUUCACCACUAGCAGGAGCUUGAGCACUAUCUGUACACCAAACCAAGAUGCAUAUAAAGCCACGCCGCUCUAUCUCCACUCUACCACUCAGCACCCAUUUCCUUUCUCACCCAUCUACUUGUACGAGCCUAUUUGCAAAGGAUAAAUACACAGCAAAGCAAGUGAAGAAGUAAGUAACUCAUAACUUUAUAAUGCUGUUAGUAAGAGAACAUUUUGAUCCAAUGGGUGUGCUCUCCGCCAUUUUGUGCCUGGUGGUGGUAUUUUAUGGACAGGGAAGGGCUAAGUCCUGAGUGGCAGCUGUUCACGUGCACGUACAUGCGCGCUGGCCCGGCUAUCUAAACAACAAGAAGAUUGGAGAACAACACAGAGAGAUGGAGUGUGACGUUUAACCAUAGUCCAUCUAAAAAGAUAUCUUAAGCUCUUCGCAAAACUAUAUUUUAGUUAUUUCAAUCAAAAAUAAUGAAAUUUCGCUUAUUGCUCCUUUAAGAAAAAAAUGUGCUUAGCUCAUAUUUCAUCCUGUCUAAGUUAGCCAAGCAUUUGGAGUUCCCCAAGAUUUUUUUUAGCAAGCCCCUUUAAUUUCUCUUUUAUAUGUACCUAUUUUUUAAAUCAAAACUUCUUUUAUGUAGGCUUUGAAUUCAUCCCACAAGAAGCUGUCCCAUUAUUCAUUUUAUAACACUGACUGAUGUAAUGUGAAUUUGCACAGAAUGCAUCAUUGUAACAAGCUACUAUUAAAACUGCUAGCCUUUAAGUUUUUCAGAUACUGUCUAAGUAGGGUAUGGUCUCUCAUCGCUAUUGUGUUGAUAUCAAAACUGACUGUUUUUUCAAUCAAACAAUGUACAAAUAAAAAAUGUGGGAAUACGUGGCAUGUCUGCCAAAGAAAAAGGUGGGAUCACUGGCAGUCGGGGUUAACUGUGUCGAUGCAUUAUUCUUUUACUUCUGAAAAAAAGAUGGAUACUUCAUGCCUUUUUAAGUCAUGUGUUUUGUAUUGGGCCCUAACAAGCCAUCUUAAAUUGUGUCUGUUUAUUUCUGUAGGAAAUACGUUUCUUGAAGGUUAUUUCAUACAUUUCUCCAUUUAUCCCUGGCUCUGAAUUGCACUUUUUCUCCGUCAGUGAAGCUCAAGAAUCUUCCCAGAAUAUUGUGGGAACCAAAAGGACAGAUACUGCUCUGUGUUGUGGGUAAGCGGUGAGCCCUCUCAAUGAUCCUGUUGUCCACAGCUACAUCACUAAGUUUGCUGCAGGAUGAAGAUCGAUACCAACCUGACUAUUCCCCAGCUUCCUGAGGCCCCUUCCCAAGCUGGCCUUCAGUUUGCUGUAGCCACUGAGGAGGACUUUGAUGAAAUUAUGGCAAUGAGCCAGGAUAUCUAUGGGGGUCUGGACUACCUUCCCACCAGAUACACUAGCUGGCUCCAGGAGACCAACCGCACAGUUAUUCUGGCACGCAAAGAGGGAAAAGUGAUUGCUCUGGAAUCAGCAUGUGUGAUUGAUGAGGGCGAGACUAUGCUGGUGGAAGGUCUCCGUGUUGCCCCUCAGGAAAGGGGGAAGGGCGUAGCAGGAGUUCUGCUGCGCUUCUGCUCCGAGCUGGUCAAAUCCAAGUAUCCAGAUGUAAAAGUGACCCGCCUGACCCGUGAUGAUCAGCUUGGGCCCAAGGACUUUGAAAAGUAUCGUAUCAUAACCAAGCAGGGUAUCUUGCUGGUGCGCUUCAGAGCUGAAGAUCUCAAACUGCGACUUGGUGAAAUUAUUCCGAGUGGGGGCGUCCAUUCCUCUGUGUCCGCACACCAGUCCGGUCCCCCUCCCGUUCGUCUUGAUCAAACAUCUAUCCAUCAGCUCUAUCUUACCACUGACCUGAUGCAUGGAGUGCUUCCUAAUGCCACCAUCAUCCAAGACUGGCAGCCAUUCAAGCUGCUUCCAAGCAACAUCGCAAUCCUACUGAAGAAGGACAUUGACUGGAUGGUGGAUGAUGUGUCCAGUCCUACCGUGGCCAGCCUUUGUACCUUCCCUUUCAAGGUGCCCAUUGGAGACGAUUGGUAUUACCUGAACAUCGACAUGUUCGGUAAAGACCUGAAUUUGGCUCGGCAGCAGUUCCUGUGCCACCUCCAGCGCCACACAAGCAACCUGAAGGGUCAUGUGAUGUGCCAGAUAUUCCUGGAGCCUGGUCUUUGGAAGCCCAUGGCUGAUUUCUGUCAGAACACUUUAAAUGUAGAGCUGGUGAAGGAGUACACUGAGCAAUGCGUGGUGGAAUCAGAUCUGGUCUAGUUAAAAACGUAAACAGCCUAAAGACAGGUCAAAGAAACAAAUAGAAUUCAAAUACACAAAAAAGGAAAAAUAAAAAAAAGCAGUUUUUUUCUGGAGAGAAAAAAAGAAGACUAUGAUAAAAAAAAUAUAUUUUAACAAACUUACAUUCUGAUAUAUUUUAUUUAAUGGAAAGUGAACACAUAGGUGGAAGAUUAAUGCUGCGUAGUCAAAAGAGUUUCCUGCAAGUCAAUAGCACAAAUAUUUUUGGCAGGAUUAUUCUAAAUCGAGCUUGGCAUAAAAUCCAUUGCAUGUAAAUUUUAAAGACCUCCAGUCCUCAAUCUGAGAGAAAUUGACAUUACCGUUGUGUCAAUCUGUUAGAGACUAAAGAACAGCGUAGUGAAUCACUAGUGCGAGACAAUAACCAUAACCUUAUUAGCUUUUUAGCAUAUUUGGUGUUAGCUCCAUUUUGUACAUCCCGUUUGUUUUGAAGGCCUAAGAGGAAGGGUAAGAUUUGUUUUGCUGGUAGCAAUAAUGCAUCCUAGAAAUAGUGCAAGUGUUGUUGUUGUUGUUGUUUUUUUUUUUUUCCGAAGAGUUAACAGUCCCUUUACCUCAUUUCGAACCUUUUACUUCUUCUCUUUCUGUAAAAACGGAACCUUUAUAUAUGUUUAAAGGCUGAGUUGGUGUACUAAUUCUGCACAAGUUUAAAGGCACUUUAACAAAACUUUGGAGGUGUUGAAUUAUUAUAAGAAGGGAUAGUUCAGGAUCAAAGAAGAGAAAUUUGCAGAUUCCCUUCGUUUCUGUGGUUGCAUCAAUAACUAGGCUUAGGAAUAUCAGUUGGGAUGUGCAUAAAACAGGAUGUUAAUAUGCUCUGAUAUAAAUAUCUGACAAGUUUUAUUUCAUUUGGGGCCAGAUCCUUCUUCCUUCAAUUAUUUUGACUGUAAAAUAUGUAUGUGACAAAUCUAAUGUAAAAGAUUCACUUGAGCGUUACAAUGUUGUGCUAGUUCACCUUAAACAAGUACUCCGAUACAGCUUUAUUUAUUUAGCUUACUUACUAUUCUUCUCUGUUCAGAUUUAUUUAAUCUCCCGACUAGUAAUACGUUUGGGGUGGAAAAUAAUAAAAAAAAAA